AUUCUCACAUGAGUAAGCGCGCCUCCGCAAAAACGGGGAAAGGAGGGUUGCAUCCCAUUGACUGAGAGAGAGAGAGAGAGAGCGAGAGCGAGAGCGAGAGAGAGAGGCAACACGGACUCCGCCUAUACCGCCCUAACAUCCAGCUCCAGUCCUACGACGGCACCACAGACAGACCAGCUGAGUGCUCCAGGCCCCCCCCUCAGCUCGAUUCAACUCCCGGGGUGAAGAAAACGGACAUGGGCUCCCCGUGAAUCCAGGCGGUGGAGGGCAGAGGCGGGCCGGCGGGGGGUGGGGGGGAACGACGACGAGAGCGUGGUUGGAGAAAAUCAACCAGAGAAGACAAACAAAAGCACAACCGAGGGUGCCUGCAACCAUGAGCGGCUCGCGCCAUUCACCAGGGCUGCGGCGGCCGCUGCCGCUCCGCCCGCGGACCACGGCGUGAGGCGUGGCUCGGAAACGCUCCGGGAAAACCUGUCAGCCGAAACGACUCGCCGAGGAGGAGAAGGAGGAGGUGGUGGGGAGGUGGUGGUGGUGGUGGUGGUGGAAAAGAUGUCCGCCUCGGUGGGGCCCCAGGGUGGCCCUCGCCCACCCACCGCGCCGCCAUCCAUGCCGGAUCUGCCGGACCUUAGCCAUCUCACCGAGGAGGAGAGGAAGAUCAUCAUGGCAGUAAUGGCUCGGCAAAAGGAGGAAGAGGAUAAAGAACAAGCCAUGCUAAAAACACUGCACCAGCAGUUUGAGAGCUACAAACAGGAGGUGCGUCGCAUCGGCGUGGAGACGCGCCGUCAGCAGACCCAGCUGAAGGACGACGCGCCCACCUGCGGCAUCUGCCGCAAGACCAAGUUCGCCGAUGGCUGCGGCCACCUCUGCUCCUACUGCCAGACCAAAUUCUGCGCUCGCUGUGGAGGGCGGGUCUCUCUGCGCUCCAACAAUGAGGACAAAGUGUGUCUCAUAGUGAAGGACAGGGUAAUGUGGGUAUGCAACCUGUGCCGUAAACAGCAGGAGAUUCUUACCAAAUCAGGAGAAUGGUUUUCAGGGUCAGGGGCGCGACCUGGGAGCCUGGGCACCCCAGCCACUGGAGGUGAGGCCCAACUGGACAGGAAGCUUCUCCGCUCCAGGUCCCAAGCCCCGCCCUCUAGCACCAACGCCAACGCUGGGCCGCCGAACGGGACACAGCUUCCCGCCAGUGUCACUGCUGCCAAGGGGGGCGACACCAUGCCCGGCUCCCGCUCCCAAAGUGAACCACCUAGAGAAAAGAAAAGGCCAGUUUCCCUCCAUGAACAAAAUGGUAAGGGAGGCCUGGGCCGAGGUAGUGGCCGAAGAGCUGCUGGGAAGUUGCCGUCUCAGUCAUCCCUGGAUGAGCGAGUGGUUCCAGGGGAGAGACGCUUAGGAGAUGGGAGGAGGCUGGAGAAGAUCCAUUCUCAGGACUACGAGGACGCGGAGGGGAACUUGGGUCGUUCAGAAACCCAUCGGAGACGGCCAGAGGAUGAGGAGCAGAGGGAGCGCCAGCGCCGUGAGGAGGAGUUCCAGAAUCGUUACCGUAGUGAUCCCAACCUGGCACGAUACCCGGUGAAACCGCAGAAGGAGGAGCAGGAGAUGCGCAUGCACGCCAGGGUGUCCAAGGUUCGGCAUGAACGGCGGCACAGCGAUCUGGCGAUCAAUGAGGUGGGACUGGGGCCUAGCGACGGAGGAGGGGUUGGAAAAGGGGGGGAAGUACCUGAAAACCGUCUGGCCAGGAGGGGUGGAGGUGGAGGAGGGGCGGGAGACCACAAGGCCCUUUUGGAGAACCACCAAGCCUACACUGGGGAUAGGACCGUGGGGGUUGGAGGGGGCGCUCCACCUGCAGGAGGUGGAGGGAGAUCAGGAACCCAACCUGGGGGACCGGUGCCUCCAGAUUGGAGCCAGAACAAAGGCCGCCUGGAGCACGGUCCGACACGGACACCAAGGGACAAGGGUGGGGAGAACCUGCUGAGAAAGGACUCUCAGAGCUCGGACCAGUCUGAGUCCCUGCGGCCGCCCCCUCCACGGUCAUACAAGAGCAAGCGCGGAGUCAACAAGAGGCAGAUGUCCAUCAGCAGCUCAGAGGAGGAGGGCGGCUCCACGCCCGAGUACACCAGCUGUGAGGACGUGGACAUGGAAAGCGUCAGCGAGAAAGGUGACUGGGACUGUCAUUCUCUAGAUCCUACAGUGUGGCAUCAUCCAGUUACAUGGCAGCCGUCCAAAGAGGGCGACCACCUAAUCGGACGCAUCACGCUAAGCAAGAGGUCAGCAAUGCCCCGCGAGGCUGGCUCCCUCCUCGGCCUAAAAGUGGUAGGAGGGAAGAUGACAGAGUCAGGGAGACUCGGGGCCUUCAUCACCAAAGUCAAGAAAGGCAGCCUUGCAGAUGUUGUGGGACACCUACGAGCAGGUGACGAGGUGCUGCAGUGGAAUGGGAAGUCGUUGCCAGGGGCAACUAAGAAAGAAGUGUACAACAUUAUCCUUGAAUCCAAGGCUGAACCUCAAGUGGAAAUAGUUGUUUCAAGACCUAUAGGCUCUAUCCACCGAAUUAUGUCCAAAAACUUCUUGAGAAAAGUAUUUAGAGCAUAUCAAGACAUCCCAAGAAUCCCAGAGUCAUCCCACCCUCCUCUAGAAUCUACAGGCUCCAGUUCCUUUGAGUCGCAAAAGAUGGACCGUCCCUCGAUAUCAGUGAUGUCCCCUACCAGCCCCGGGACCCUCCGAGACCUUCCUCUGGUACUGCCUGGACAGCUCUCUGUGAAGCUGUGGUACGACAAAGUGGGCCAUCAGUUGAUCGUCAACGUCCUUCAAGCCAUAGACCUGCCACCCCGACCAGACGGAAGACCCCGAAACCCCUAUGUCAAGAUGUACUUCCUGCCUGAUAGGAGUGAUAAGAGUAAACGGCGGACUAAAACGGUGAAGAAGAGCGCUGAACCCAAGUGGAACCAGACCUUCCUAUAUUCCCACGUUCACCGGCGGGACUUCAGAGAGCGCAUGCUAGAGAUCACAGUGUGGGACCAGCCCAGAGUCCAGGAGGAGGAGAGUGAAUUCCUGGGAGAGAUCCUGAUAGAGUUGGAGACGGCCCUGCUGGACGACAUUCCUCAUUGGUACAAACUCCAAACACAUGACAUGUCCUCUAUACCUCUGCCCCAGCCUUCCCCGUACCUCCCGCGCAGACACGUCCAUGGAGACAGCCCCAGCAAGAAACUACAGAGGUCUCAUCGCAUCAUUGAUUCAGAGUUUGAUGAUGGUUUGAUGGUAGUGACUAAAGAUGCAGAACGUAACUCCAGGGAGAGAGAGCGGGGCAGUACGUUGGCAGUGCCGGAGCAGCAGCGGCCCGUCCAGCACCGCUCCCGUUCAGUGUCCCCUCACAGAGAGGACUCCUGCAGGGCUCGGUCGCGGCCCGCACACGUUCCCAUGCAAAGGAGCCUGGAUGAGAUCCACCAGAACCGCCACCACUCCAACUCCCCUUCCCGUUACCAUGACUCGCACUUAGAGCAUCAACGCUCCGGGGACUCGGACUACGAGUACUCUGAGGACAGUGAGGUCCUGGAGGUGCACAGGUCUAUCCGGGGCGGGAGUGCCGAGUGCCUGCACACAAACAGGGGCAUAGGUCGAUACAGCAACACACUACCCCCCAAAAUGCCCCUGUUAGUAAACGGUAUCCAUAAAGACAUUUACAGCUCCACUCUCCCCGCAUGCCUAAAGAGCAAGCCGUACCACCGGCAGGAAGGGGGCAGCACCAUGCCUCGUAGCAUCCUUACACACCGUGUGCUCAGGUUCACUGAUGAGGUCACGGUUAGCGACCUGCAGCCGUCGUUGGACAGAGUGAGGAGUGCAAGCACCACCUGUCUGAGACCAGACACCAACUUUCACUCCCCUGACAGAGACAGGUGCUCCAACUCUUUGCCCCGCAAGAUUCCACCAAGCCCCAGGAUCUUAGUAGAACAUGUUGGCCCUGAGGAAGACAGGCAGUGUAGCAAUUCAUCAGGUCCAAACUGUCAAAGUGGCAGCAAAAACAGCCUGGAGGGGGACAGUCGUAUCCAGCCCACCUCUAUCCUGAGGGGCAGUAGGGGGAGAGGGGGCCUGCUGAGGCCCUUUGGUCAGACAGCCUUGGCUGGGUCCUGCCUAAACUCGCCACGGCUAGACAGAGCACACCCUCAUGGCAGCCCCUCCUCUCCAACGGGGACUCCCUCAUCAGGUCGCAGGGGCAGGCAGCUUCCUCAGCUCCCCGCAAAAAGCAGCAGUAUAGAGCAAGCCCUUGCAGUAGAGGAGCGAGCCCGGCAGCUGCAGAUGAAAGUACAUUCCUACCGGCCUUCAGCCUCCCACGACCCCGAGACGGACCUCAAGACCAAACGGGAGAUGUACGCGGAACAGAGGCGAAGCAGCGACAACAUGUCGGCCAGAUCGUCAGACAGCGAUAUGAGUGACGUGUCGGCCCUCUCCCGUGCCAGCAGUGCCUCUCGCCUCAGUAGCACCAGCUACAUGUCCAUCCAAUCAGAACGCCCCGGAGGACGACUCAGAUCCAAGUCAUUAGAGGAGGAGAAGAGAGACAGGAGGAUCUCGUGGGGGGUGAAUGGAGAGGAGGAGAGGAGGAGCUCAACAGGACAGAGACGGUUCUCUGCAGAGUUGAAGCGCAGGAGACACACUGUAGCCGGAGACACCGGGGAGUCCAGUCGGCAGCUGCGAUCAGCGGGCCGCAACAUGCUGAAGAGCUCCAGUGUGAGUGGAGAGAUCUACACCCAGGAGCGCACCGACGGCAGCCAAUCAGACACCGCUCUGGGGACGGUGGGCGGCGGCAGCAAGAAGAGACGCUCCAGCCUCAGCGCGCGGGUGGUGGCCAUCGUCGGCAACCGUCGCAGCCGCAGCACUUCACAGAUCAGUGGCCCUGAGGGUAAGAGUAAGAAGGAGAAGGGUGCACCUAUCCAAAGGAGCACAGAGACCGGCAUGGCAGUGGAGCUGACCAGGAACAUGAGCCGCCAGCCCAGCAAAGAGUCCAACAACGGCAGCAUGAACAGCUGCAACUCUGAGGGGAAUUUGAUCUUCUCUGGAGUCAAUCUGGGUGCCAGCAGUCAGUUCAGUGACUUCCUGGAUGGCCUGGGACCGGCUCAGUUAGUGGGGAGGCAAACCCUGGCCACCCCCGCCAUAGGUGACAUCCAGAUCGGUAUGAUGGAGAAAAAGGGUCAGCUGGAGGUGGAAGUUAUCAGAGCUCGAGGACUGGUACAAAAACCAGGAUCCAAAUCCCUCCCUGCUCCAUAUGUCAAGGUCUAUCUGCUGAAUAAUGGAGCGUACGUAGCCAAAAAGAAAACCAAGAUUGCACGGAAAACACUUGACCCACUGUACCAGCAAGUACUGCUAUUCGAGGAAAGCCCACAGGGUAAAGUCUUACAGGUGAUUGUAUGGGGAGACUACGGCCGCAUGGACCAUAAAAGCUUCAUGGGAGUUGCACAAAUCCUAAUGGAGGAAUUGGACUUAUCAAGCACAGUCAUUGGUUGGUACAAGUUGUUCCCACCGUCGUCCUUGGUGGAUCCGACACUUGCCUCCAUAACGCGGCGGGCUUCCCAGUCGUCCCUCGACAGUUCCUCCGGACCUCCUGGGGUCCGAUCCUAGUGGACCAACAGCUCUACAUCGCUCCAACCAGUAACAGACUCAUGAAACGCACUGUAGAGAGAAACAAACACACACA